UCAACAUCUGUCUCAACGUAACAGGCAACAUCCUCUAUAGAAAGAGACGCAGUGGUUUAGUAUACUGCAAUCAACUUUCAAACACUGAUGCUGAAAGGUUCUAUUACUUCUGACCGUAGACACAAAAAUAUACAGGAUGGAGGAAAUGCUUCUGCGUGUGUGUGUCGUCAUGGUGGCCAGCCUGCUAUACAUAAAGGACCACAGUGUCUUUCAGGAGCAGGAGGAAAAGAUCAUCACGGACAUGCAGGAGUGGGAAUAUUUGCUGCAGAAGGAAGUGGCAAAGCUGGAGCAGGAAGUGCACCAGGUGACCACAGGGCUGCCACAUUCAAAUGAGGAAGUGUCGCAAAGUCAUCGCAGAUUGACAAAUGGGGAAGGGGAGAGUUCAGAUGUUCGACAAGUCCUGCCAAAUGGCAAAGUAGACAAUCCACAUGCACACCAAAUGCCAUCCAGGGAAGACCAGGAUAUUCAGGAUGACGCAGUUCCUCUUACUCAGGACAAUAUGCCAUCAGCAUUAGAACAUGGAGGCAUAGCGGAUGAAAAUUUCCCAUCAGAAAAAGAGGUACAGCUAGUUCCACACAGUGAUCAGAAAAUGAAAACACUGAAUGAAGACCAAAUAGAAGUUGUUCAAGGACAUUUAAAUGGAAUAAAUGAUAGUGAUCAGAAGUCUUCCCGUUUAGAUCAGGUGGGAGGAAUGUUCAACCAAAUAUCAGAUAAGAAGACGACAGAAGAGAUUACUGAGGAAAAACCCACUGCCUCAAGCCAACAGUCGACAGAGAACACCUACAACUUGUGGAAAUUUCUUUCCUUGAUAUCAUUUAUUCGCUUUCUUGGGAAAGUCAUUAGCAAAGGAUCAGAAAGAUUACUUCCAACCAAAAACAAGACGACAUCUAGAUCUACUGGUAUAGUCUCAAAAAUAUUUAUUCCUGACCACAAAGUAUUGAGUUGCUUUUAUGACCAGUGUGUACAAGUCCCUCCUAGCACAUGUGACAGAGUAUGCGAGUUUGCAGAAGGUUUUGUUGAUGAACUUUUAGAAGCUGCAAGGGAAGCUAGCAAUGAAGAGACUGACAUGCAGAUCGGGGACUUUAUUGGAGUAGGGAGCAUAUAUGAACUUUGGGCUACAGGCAAGACAACAGUGUGCGACUUGUAUGUACCCAUAACUGCACCGAGGUUACAUGGAUUUGAGGUUGAACUUCAGAAGGAGAAAGAUGCUCCAUUGUUGGGUUUUGGCAGGAUCAAAAUAGUGAAGGCUGAAAAUACUUCCAAUGGCUGUCCUUGCACAGAUGAGAACCCUGAUGAUGACACAUUAUGUCUUCUUCAUCCCCAUAGUGAAGUCAGCAAAGUUAUGAUCGAUGCUGUAGGGGGUCCACUAUGCCAAGAAAAUACACCAUAUCUUUCUAAAAAACAAGUAGUGAAUUGGUUCAGGACAAUGAUUAUAAAAGCCUGGGGAGAAAUCAGUCACAAGUAUGAAUUUGAGCUAGGAAUUCGCAGCCAGGCGGCUCCUGGGGCUUUGAGAGUUCGAUUCAGAUCAGGAAAGAUUGUGCUGUUCAAUAUUACACCUGUGGUGCAGGUUAAAGGUUCAAAAGUGUACUUAGUCUCUUAUCUUUCUGGUAAUCAAAACCUCAGUGACAUCCACUGGCCCAUUUCCUUUGCUAGUUAUGAAAAUGCUCUCCUUCAAUACUUCAACAAAAUACUUCCGUACAACUCAUGCCAUAUUGAGUGUCUCCAAAUCCUCACUUUUUUACACAAACAGCAGAGUCAGCUAACAGGGAAAUGUGGGCUUACAAGCUAUCACCUCAAGUCCACACUGCUAAAUCUGUUGAUGCACAAGCCUACAGAAUGGCACCAUGACCAGCUAACAAGCAGACUAAUGGAUAUGCUAACGUUUCUUGAGCAGAGGCUUCAAGCAAAAGAGUUCCACCACGCGUUAAUUGGAAAUUCUUUCGUUCCUAAUGACAUUGGGCUUCCUAAAGAAUUUCAAAUGGCAAAGCCAACCAAUAUCUUCCUACCAAUGGCUUUGGAUGAAGAACGCUACUUAAAAACUGUCCACCAUUUUCAGGAAUUAGUGAAAAAUGCUCCUUUACUUAUCCAGGAGUAUGGCUCAAUAAAAAGCUCAGGAUUACAGUGGAAAUGAAAAUCUGUAUUGUUACUCCCAAGUAGUAUUUUUUUUUAAUAGUUGUACCCAAGCCAUAAGCAACCCUUGCAAGUAUUGGACAUGUUUCCAGCCAAAAGUUGCACUUUCAAAGGACAUUUUAUGAGAGCUUCAUUAAUCCAUGUGCAUGUCAGGUUAUGAGAUUGUUACAUUUCUGAUCAAUUAAAUAUUUUCUGCUCAUCGA